GGUCAUGAAAAGCAAAUCAAGUUAAGCAUGUAUCCACGUGUGCCGUAUUCAUGUAGUGCGUUUCUAUAUGUAAUCUUUUAUUAAUUUGUCGUUUUAUUAUUCUGCAAUUUGUAAUUACAUAAACAGUAGCAUACAACAAUAAAGGCAGGUAGGUAAAGAGAGAUUGAUCGAAGUGAACAGCAUGGCGGGAGAACACGAGAUUAACACGAAGAAACGGAAAAAAAAGCGUUCUCAUAUGCAGAUGGCCAAGAAAUUUGCUCGUCGGAGAAAUUUCGACAAUGGACUGGACCAGAAUACCUAUCAGUAUAUGAUUCGCAUUCUUGAUUUAAUACGCAAUGAUCUGUCUUCGUCCGAGGAGAAGAGGAUGCUUGUGCAGAACGUCUAUGAUGAGAUAGCAGGUCGCGAGGUCGAAUGUGCAUGUAACCAAAUUGGAUCUCGUGUGAUAGAAUCUUUGCUGAAGUAUGCCAGUUUGGAGGCUAUUCAGAAGCUGACCCAGGCAUUCGAAUCCUCUCUAAGAAAGUUAAGCUGUGAUGCAUUUGCUAGUCACAUUUUGCAGAAAAUAAUAAUUAUCUGUGCUGACAGAGGCAACAAAGAUCCUACAUUAAAUGCAAAGAAUACUGAUAAGACAAGCCCAAAAUCGGAAAAUGUUAUUGUAGAAGUUAAACCAUCUGAAGUACAAUCGUAUAACGAUAUUGUUCUGAAGCUGAGUAGAUACUUUCUCAAUAAUAUAGAAGAGUUUGUAUUUGACCGUUAUGCUAAUUACGUAUUACGGACAGUUAUAGAAUGUCUGGGAGGAUUGAUUGAGUAUUCUGAUGAGAAUAACAAAAAAUCUACUGUACCGGAUUUCACAAAAAGGCGUCCUGUAAUACAAGCUUACAAAGACUUGUUGAUGCAAAGUUGCGAUCGAUUACAAAAAUGGCCAAAAUUCUGCGAGUUUGGUCAGGAUCAAAUUACUUCUAAUAUGGUGCAAUGUGUCUUGUUCUCGUUGAAAGAUAUUGAUCCAAAUUUAAUAAAAACUAUUAUCAAGAAGAUUACAACAGAAUGUUUUAAAACAAAAGAAAACGAAACACUACCAAAUAUAUUUAAUUCAGAAUAUUCUGUUAGGAUUCUGGAGGCUUGUUUAAUAGUAGCACAGCCAAAAACCUUUAAGAAAUUAUAUAAAACUUUUUUUGCUGAAAAUAUGGAAUCUUUGUGUUUGGCACAAAAUUCCAACUUUAGCGUGCAAAAAUUAUUAGAUUAUUGUAUUACUAAGGAGAUCUUUGAAGAAAUAUUCAACAAGGUCUCCGAACACUUCUCAAAAAUAUUCAAGCGAGGUUUUACUGGAAUAUUAGUCAGCACUGGAAAUGCAUGCUUGAGAUUGCAGACAAAUCAAGGUCCAUUUGUCAAUGCAAUGAUCAAACUGCUAAAAUGUGACGUAUCCACGGAGAAUCAAACGCAACUUGUACGGUGUAUAAUGACAUUAAAGAAUCCAUUUCAACUGGAGAUCGAAUCUGAUAGUCCACAACCAUCUAUUCACUUACAUGGGAGUUUGAUCGUACAAGCCAUAUUAAAAUUCAACAAACCCAUUAAAAUUGUAAACUCCUUAUUAGAGAUGAGUAACGAGGAGUUGCUACGAGUAUUCAAUGAUCCAAAAGGCAGCCGAAUUCUGGAUGCUUUUAUGGAUAGCAAAUACAUCGGUGAAAAAAGCAGGGAGAAAUUAUGCAAAAAGUUGCAUGGUACUUGGGCAGAAUUAGCUAAGAAUACGUACGGAUCUAGAUGCUUGGAUAAGAUGUGGACGUGGGCACGCAUGAAUCAAAAAGUUCUUAUUAUGGAAGAAUUAGCCGCGGACGGACAAUCUUUAGGAUCCACGAAAUCGGGCAAGAUCAUUUCCAUGAAGUUGAAUGUCCCCUUGUUCGCGAAAGAUAAGAAAGAGUGGUCGCAAUUGCAAGGAAAAGACCAGAAAAUUAAAGCAAUGUUUGCAAAUAUGAUUGAAAAAACUCCGAAAAAAGAGAAUCUGUAAAAAAUAUAUGCCACAAUACGACAAAAUUUACAUAUUUGUUAUAUGUGUACCAUACAAAUCAUAUUGUUUCUUACAAAAUAUUGUAUCUUUUAUAUUUUAUUAUAAAAUAAUUAAAUCUGUACGAUUUAAAUUCAUUUUAUCUGACUUUAAUAUUCGUUUUGCCUCUAAUGUAAUUUAUAGGAUGUAAUAAAAACAAGUCUACUGA